AUGCUGCGUCGCCUUCAGCCGUGCUUCAAAUGUGCUACUAGGACAGUGGCCACAGCAGCUCCAACGGAAAGAUCCAAAAUUAAGGUCACUCAACCAAUUGUGGACCUCGAUGGCGAUGAGAUGACAAGAAUCAUAUGGACUGAAAUUAAAUCCAAGUUGAUUAUUCCAUUCUUGGAUUUGGACAUAAAGUAUUAUGACUUGGGUUUAUCUUACCGUGACCAAACCAAUGAUGAGGUAACUAUUGAUGCUGCAAAUGCUAUAAUGAAGUACAAUGUUGGUAUCAAAUGUGCGACGAUAACUCCCGACGAGUCCAGAGUGAAAGAGUUCAAUUUGAAAAGAAUGUGGUUAUCACCCAAUGGAACUAUUAGAAAUAUUCUUGGGGGAACUGUCUUCCGUGAGCCUAUCAUCUGCAAAAACAUUCCGCGACUAAUUCCCGGAUGGACUCAGCCAAUUACUAUUGGAAGACAUGCAUUCGGUGACCAGUAUCGUUCAACAGACUUGCGCGUUCCUGAAGGCUCCACAUUGGAACUUGUUGUGAGAAGAACGGACGGAUCUGCAACGGUUCACAAAGUUUUUGAAUUCAAAAAAGGUGGUGGAGUUGGAAUGGCCAUGUAUAACACAGACGAAAGCAUCCGCGGGUUUGCCCACUCCUGUUUCCAAUAUGCACUUCUCAAAAAAUGGCCUCUCUAUCUCUCAACAAAAAACACGAUUCUCAAGAAGUAUGAUGGGCGUUUCAAGGAUAUUUUCCAAGCAGUUUAUGAAGCAAAAUAUGCCCAAGAUUUUAAAAAGAAUAACAUUUGGUAUGAGCAUCGUCUAAUUGAUGAUCAAGUGGCUCAAGCUCUUAAAAGUUCUGGUGGAUUUGUGUGGGCCUGCAAAAAUUAUGACGGAGACGUUCAAAGUGACAUUGUUGCUCAAGGAUAUGGAUCGCUUGGUUUGAUGACAUCUGUUCUUAUGUGUCCUGAUGGUAAGACAUUAGAAGCCGAAGCCGCGCACGGAACUGUCACACGCCAUUUCCGUGAACACCAAAAGGGAAACCCAACGUCGACAAAUCCAGUUGCUUCGAUCUUUGCUUGGACUCGCGGCCUACAUCAUAGAGGAACUCUUGAUGAAAAUGAAGAAUUGAAGAAAUUUGCUCUCACCCUUGAGAAGGCUUGUGUUGACACCAUCGAGGAAGGAAAGAUGACAAAGGAUCUUUCCAUUUGCGUCCAUGGCCCAAAGAAGGGAUCUGAGAAAGGAGCUUAUCUCAAUACUCAAGACUUUCUUUUGGCUAUUGAGUCCAAACUUAAUCAACUUAUGAAGAAUAAUUGA